UCUGACCAGCAGGUUAAAUUUUCUGUCUUCAGGAUGCAGUACUCAAUAGACUUUCCAGCAUCACAGCGCAAAGUUGAGGGAGACGGAGAAUGUGCGUGCCUGUGUGCGUGUAUGAGUGUCUGGAUCAGUGCAUUGGAGCGGGCAGUAAAUAAAGGCUGGGGCCAGCGAGAGGAAGAGGAAAGCAAGAAUUGAGAAGCAAAAGCGUGGCUCGUAUUCUAGUGAACCUGCUGGAGCUCCUCCGGCUUUUGCUCAGAGCCCCUGCACCAACUCACCCAGUACCCCCUCUCCUUCCUCCUUCGCCUUCUCUCCCCCUUUCCUCUCCUUGUUUCGUUGCACCCUCCACCUACCCUCCCCCGCCCCCUCCACUUUCUCAUCUGACCAGAGGACGAAUGAGUGAGGCGUUCCAGCAAAUUGGGGCAGCAACUUUCCUCAGCUGGUCUCCCGGCUCCGGGAGCAGUUGCGCCCUGCUUCCCCGCGGUCUGCGGCCCAUGGAGGAGGAGGGGGAGCCGCAGCAGUGAUGGGCUAGCGGCAGAAACGAGAAGCCAGCCCCGAGCGAGCCCAACGUCGCCAGUCAGCUCCGCGUUCCCACGCCUGUUCCCUCAAUCUCUUUCCGGGGGGCUGGCGCGGGCGGAGGGGGGGUAGGGUGAGGCGCGCAGGGUGCAAACGGGGAGCAUCCCAGGGAGGAUGAGGCGGGGACCCGACCUGAGCGAGCUGCCUCUCGAGGGCGUGCGACAGCGGCUGGGUCUGGGCAGGAAUUAAGAAGCUGGGAAGAUGGAGCGCCGCACACUCCUCGCGCAGCCCGGGCUCUGGACCAGGGACACCAGCUGGGCGCUUCUCUAUUUCCUCUGCUACGUCCUCCCCCAGACGGCUCCGCAAGUACUCAGGAUCGGAGGAAUUUUUGAAACUGUGGAAAAUGAACCUGUUAAUGUUGAAGAAUUAGCGUUCAAGUUUGCAGUCACCAGCAUUAACAGAAAUCGAACCCUGAUGCCUAACACCACAUUAACCUAUGACAUUCAGAGAAUUAACCUUUUUGAUAGUUUUGAAGCCUCACGGAGAGCAUGUGACCAGCUGGCUCUUGGUGUGGCUGCUCUCUUUGGCCCUUCCCAUAGCUCCUCUGUCAGUGCUGUGCAGUCUAUUUGCAAUGCUCUCGAAGUUCCACAUAUACAGACUCGCUGGAAACACCCUUCAGUGGACAACAAAGACCUGUUUUACGUCAACCUCUACCCAGAUUAUGCGGCUAUCAGCAGGGCGGUCCUGGAUCUGGUCCUCUACUACAACUGGAAAACAGUGACUGUGGUGUAUGAAGACAGCACAGGUCUCAUUCGUCUGCAAGAGCUCAUCAAAGCUCCCUCCAGAUAUAACAUUAAAAUCAAAAUCCGCCAGCUGCCCUCUGGGAAUAAAGAUGCCAAGCCUUUACUCAAGGAGAUGAAGAAAGGCAAGGAGUUCUAUGUGAUAUUUGAUUGUUCACAUGAAACAGCCGCUGAAAUCCUUAAGCAGAUCCUGUUCAUGGGCAUGAUGACUGAGUACUAUCAUUACUUUUUCACAACCCUGGACUUAUUUGCUUUAGAUCUGGAACUCUAUAGGUACAGUGGUGUAAAUAUGACCGGGUUUCGGCUGCUUAAUGUUGACAAUCCUCACGUGUCAUCCAUCAUUGAGAAGUGGUCCAUGGAGAGACUGCAGGCCCCACCCAGGCCUGGGACUGGUCUUUUGGAUGGCAUGAUGACAACUGAAGCAGCUCUGAUGUAUGAUGCUGUGUACAUGGUGGCCAUUGCCUCCCACCGGGCUUCCCAGCUGACUGUCAGCUCCCUGCAGUGCCAUCGACACAAGCCAUGGCGCCUUGGACCCAGAUUUAUGAACCUGAUCAAAGAGGCUCAGUGGGAUGGCUUGACUGGGCGUAUCACCUUCAAUAAAACCGAUGGCUUGAGGAAGGAUUUUGACCUGGACAUUAUUAGCCUCAAAGAGGAAGGAACUGAAAAGGUUGCUGGCGAAGUGUCUAAACACUUAUAUAAAGUGUGGAAGAAGAUUGGGAUUUGGAACUCCAACAGUGGGCUUAACAUGACAGACGGCAACAAAGACAGGUCCAAAAAUAUCACCGAUUCACUCGCCAACCGAACGCUCAUCGUCACCACAAUUCUGGAAGAACCCUAUGUGAUGUACAGGAAAUCUGAUAAGCCCCUGUAUGGAAAUGACAGAUUUGAAGGAUAUUGCCUGGAUCUAUUGAAGGAAUUGUCAAACAUCCUGGGUUUCAUUUAUGAUGUUAAACUUGUCCCUGAUGGCAAAUAUGGAGCUCAGAAUGACAAAGGAGAGUGGAAUGGAAUGGUCAAAGAACUUAUAGAUCAUAGGGCUGAUCUGGCGGUGGCUCCUCUUACCAUCACUUACGUGCGGGAAAAAGUCAUAGACUUCUCCAAACCCUUCAUGACCCUGGGCAUCAGCAUUCUCUACCACAAGCCCAAUGGCACCAACCCAGGGGUCUUCUCCUUCCUCAACCCUCUAUCUCCUGACAUUUGGAUGUAUGUGCUCUUAGCCUGUUUAGGAGUCAGUUGUGUACUCUUUGUGAUCGCAAGGUUUACACCCUACGAGUGGUAUAACCCCCACCCAUGCAAUCCUGACUCAGACGUGGUGGAAAACAAUUUUACUUUACUAAAUAGUUUCUGGUUUGGAGUUGGAGCUCUCAUGCAACAAGGAUCAGAGUUGAUGCCCAAAGCUCUAUCAACCAGAAUAGUUGGAGGGAUAUGGUGGUUUUUCACGCUAAUCAUCAUUUCAUCCUACACUGCCAAUCUGGCUGCCUUCUUGACAGUAGAGCGAAUGGAAUCUCCCAUUGAUUCAGCAGAUGACCUGGCAAAACAAACCAAGAUAGAAUAUGGGGCAGUCAGAGAUGGAUCAACAAUGACCUUCUUCAAGAAAUCGAAGAUAUCCACCUACGAGAAGAUGUGGGCUUUUAUGAGUAGCAGGCAGCAGACUGCCCUGGUCAAAAACAGUGAUGAGGGCAUCCAACGAGUGCUCACCACUGACUACGCCUUGCUGAUGGAGUCCACCAACAUUGAGUAUGUGACGCAGAGAAACUGCAACCUCACUCAGAUCGGGGGCCUCAUUGACUCCAAAGGUUAUGGAGUGGGAACACCUAUAGGCUCUCCUUACCGGGAUAAAAUUACUAUUGCUAUUCUUCAAUUACAAGAAGAGGGGAAACUGCAUAUGAUGAAAGAGAAAUGGUGGCGGGGAAAUGGCUGCCCUGAGGAAGACAACAAAGAGGCCAGUGCUCUGGGAGUAGAAAAUAUUGGGGGUAUCUUCAUUGUUCUGGCUGCUGGACUGGUCCUUUCUGUAUUUGUAGCCAUUGGAGAAUUUAUAUACAAAUCACGGAAAAACAACGAUAUUGAGCAGGCUUUUUGUUUCUUUUAUGGACUGCAGUGUAAGCAAACCCAUCCAACCAACUCCACUUCCGGAACCACUUUAUCUACGGAUUUAGAAUGUGGCAAAUUAAUUCGAGAGGAGAGAGGGAUUCGGACACAGUCCUCAAUUCACACUGUGUAAUCAUUAAAAAAAAAAAAAGUUGUGCCAAGUAGAAACUGCUUCUGCUAAUUGGUGGUGUUGAUGAUGUCUGUAUCUACUAAGCAUACAUAGCCAUAAUCCCUAUCCUUGUUUUAAGAUAGCAAAACUCAUGUACUCUGAACAUUGAAUUCAAUGCACUGGAGACACAUGUGCAUUUUAUAUUGAAACAGCAGCAUAUUAGGCGUAUACAGAUUCCAAGAUAUGUGUAUUUACAGGAAUUGUCUAUACCAUCAAGAGAAUGGUUAUCUUAGUUGUAUUUUCAUGUAUUAAAAAUAAGCAACUCUUGCCUCAUGCAAAAGUAGAUUCAGACUUUCAACAGUGCAAAGCAUGAAAACAAAACGAUAUUUGGAGGAAUUCUUUUCAUCUUUGUGAACCUUUUUUUCUCCUCUUUUCUUCUCCCUGUACCAUACACUCUGUAGAUCCACACUUUCCAAGUACCCAAAGCCCCAUCU